GUUAGGCUGGGAUGAGGUCAUCACUUCCUGAUGACCUCAAGCCGCAUUGGGAAGCUUGGUUGCGAGACCUCCAUAACCUGUCUUUGGUGAAGAUACCACGUUGUUAUGUGCCAUCAACAUUCAAGGAUGUUCAACAAUAUGAGCUACACCAUUUCUCAGACGCCAGUGUGUCAGGCUAUGGAGUAUGUUCAUACCUCAGAGCUGUAACCAAGUCUGGAGAAGUCUACUGCACUCUUGUUAUGAGUAAAGCUAGGGUUGCUCCAACAAAGGUAACAACAAUUCCCAGACUGGAGCUCUCAGCUGCAGUGGUUGCCACAAGAACUGGUAAUCUGCUCAAAAGAGAACUAGAAUUGGAUGGCAUUCGUGAAUACUACUGGACCGACUCCAAAGUUGUCCUUGGCUAUAUUAACAACGAUGCACGACGUUUCCAUGUAUUUGUAGCCAACCGAGUUCAGCAGAUCAGAACAAGCACUGAGACUAGUCAAUGGAGAUAUGUGGCUUCAGAACAAAAUCCAGCUGACCAUGCCUCUCGUGGGCUCACCGUAAAGGAACUCAUGGGAUCGAACUGGUUUACUGGUCCAAGUUUCCUAUGGCAAAGUGAACUCCCUAAGGAUGACAUUAAGGUGGGAGAAGUUAAUGAUGGAGACCCGGAACUCAAAAGGGCACAGGUUCUAAUGACCAAGGCAAGGGAAGAGUGGUGUCUGUCAGAUCGCUUGCAAAGGUUUUCAGAUUGGAAGAGGGCAGUGAAAGCCAUAGCAAGGCUCAAACGUUGUGUAAGGAGUGCGAAAGGUUUGGUAGAAAGAUCCAACAAUUCCACAACACUUGAAGAAAGGAAGGAUGCUGAACAAUUCAUAAUUCACAUCGUUCAAGAAGAAGUGUUCAGUGACGAGAUCAAGCAUCUAAGACAAGGCAAGGAAGUUAAUUCAAGUCUUUUCAACAAGCUGUACAAGUUAAGUCCGUUUAUCGAUGACCAUGAUGUCUUACGAGUGGGAGGACGAUUAACACAGGCAGAGCUUCACUCUCAUGUCAAGCAUCCAGCCAUUCUUCCUAAAGGACAUCAUAUAUCUCGUUUACUCAUAAAACACUUCCAUGAAAAGGUGCAACAUCAAGGUCGUGGCAUGACCAUCAAUGAAAUCCGCUCCAAUGGUAUUUGGAUUCUGGGAUGCAGUAGCGAAGUUUCAUCUCUCAUCUACAAAUGCAUUAAGUGUAGGAAGCUGAGGAAAUGCAAUCAGGAGCAAAGGAUGGCUGACCUGCCACCAGAAAGGAUGGAAGCUACCCCUCCGUUCACCUAUAGUGGCAUGGACUGCUUCGGUCCGUUCUAUGUUAAAGAGGGAAGGAAAGAGUUGAAGAGAUACGGACUACUUUUCACCUGCAUGUGUUCGCGAGCUGUUCAUCUUGAGGUGCUGGAUGAUCUUAGUACUGAUGUCUUUCUUAAUGCACUGCGUUGUCUUAUUGCUAUACGUGGCAAUGUAAGUCAGCUUUAUAGUGAUCAAGGUACCAACUUCGUGGGUGCAAAGGGAGAGUUCCUGAAGUUGAUGAAGGGAAUGGAUCAAGAACGUGUGAAAGAGUUAGGCUGUACCUUUAUCAUGAACCCGCCUGCUUCCAGUCACAUGGGUGGUGUCUGGGAGAGACAGAUCCGGACUGUAAGGAGUGUACUAACGUCCAUCCUAGACAAGUCUGCAGCAAGACUGGACAGUUCUUCCUUAAGAACAUUCAUGUAUGAAGUAAUGGCGAUCGUAAAUAGUCGACCAUUGACCUCAGAGCACCUCAAUGAUCCUGUGGGACCAGAACCAUUGACGCCGAAUCAUAUACUAACAAUGAAGUCCACCAUCAUUGCACCACCUCCUGGAGAGUUUGUGAGGGAAGAUCUUUAUCUUCAGAAAAGAUGGAAAAGAGUUCAGUUUCUGGCAAAUGAGUUUUGGACCAGGUGGAGGAAGGAAUAUCUGUUGAAUCUGCAGCAGAGAAGUAAGUGGAAUAAGAGCAGGAGAAACACCAAAAUAAAUGAUAUCGUUCUGCUUCAAGAUGAUUUGUCAUCACGAAAUCAGUGGAAGCUAGCUAAAGUGGUAGAAGUUUUCCCAGGAUCUGAUGGAAUGGUGAGAAGACUUAAACUUCUUGUUAGUGAUGCAACACUAGAUAGCAAGGGUGCACGCACAAAUAAGUCAGUCUACUUAGAAAGACCCAUACACAAAACAGUGUUACUACUUGAAGGUGAUUAAAAGGGUUAAGUUUGAAAAGUGUUUAACUGUGUAUGUUAAACGUGUACAAAUACUUAUCCACUGAAUGUUUAUUAGUUCAUGUUGAGUUACUGAGUAUUUAUAAAGUAAAUUCUUUUAAGAAUCACACAUUGCGUGAUGGUGGGAGUGUGUUUGCUGUUACAAGCUUUCGGAAUCUAUAAUGUUUAUUUCCACUAGAUGGCGCUUGUGUACUUCAACACUCAUUUAUUUCAGUAACUUUUUGAUCAGUCUAAUCUGUAUAUUUUUAUAUUUCGACUAUUUUAUAAUGCUUAUUGUGAUUUAUAUACUCAACUGUUGUAUAUUUGAGGAAUAUUUAUUCUUUCUAAGAGUUUUCUUUGGUUAUAUUUUAUUUUGCUCCCAUCGUGCCUUUGUAUGUCACUUCCUGUUUUGUCACGGAGAACGAGUCAGAACUGCGGUCCGAGUUUCACAGAGCAAUUCUGCUGAUCAUAUUGAAUGAUGUAAUCAUUGCAAAGUUUAAAGUAUUUCUAUUUAGAAGUCAUCCGAUAAAGAAGCUUCAAGAUAACCCCCUCUCUUAGCUCAUAAGCAGGCAAAAGUGUUCUACGGUGUUGG